AUGACCACACAACGCCCGGCUUCCGAACAGUUUAAUCUUCAACCCUCCUCCAAAUCCAAUCCCCAAUACCGCUCUUCCACCGACCUCUCUCAUUUGGCUCAACAACCUACAAAUCACCGUGGGUCUCGACCCGCCUCCGAAAUCUUCCCUCCCAAUACUACAUAUCAUUCACCGGAAGCUGAAGCCAUCGACAAGUGGUUCGAAGACCUACAGCACUACGAACAGACGCUAGAAGAAAUGGCUAACGCCAGUUUAGACCAGAACUUUAAGGAAGAAUUGGGUGCCAUCGAACAAUGGUUUAGAGUUUUGUCAGAAGCUGAACGGACUGCAGCAUUAUACAGUUUGUUGCAGCACUCUACCCAAGUCCAAAUACGUUUCUUCAUAACAGUACUACAACAGAUGGCAAGAAGCGAUCCAAUGGGUGCUCUCCUAUCACCUGCAAACCCAGAAAAAGACAUGAUGAGUGCUCAGUUAGCUGGUGCUAUGGCCAAGGCUGAUGUUGAGGCAAAACUAGCUGGUAUGGCUCUCAAGUCGCCGACUAGCCCAACAUAUCCACGUCGCUUGUAUGAUCGACACUCGGGCGUUGAGUUUUUGUCUCCUGACGCCGCUAUCUACUCGGAUCCUGCGGCAGCUCUCGCCCAACAAAGAGCACGUCUUCAAGCAAACGCUGGCAACAGAGCUGGAUUAUAUUCUUCCCGGCCGAAAUCUAUGGUUGCAGAGGGUGAUCAAACUGUCUGGGCACCCGCUACUUCUGGUAAUCAAAGCAGUAAUAAGGAUAGAACUCCAAAUGGGCGACCCAAGUCUGCUGACCUUAGUGCUCUCCCAUGGACACCUGGGUAUAAUUUACGUUCACCUAGGCCAGGAGGAGCAUUCGAUGGAGAGUUAUCACCCCUUGUUGGCGGUAGUUGGGCUAGCAUGGUAUCGACGCCGGUAGUCCCAAUGUUUGCUGAGAAACAAAACGCUAAAGCUUCCGAACAAAUAGAUUUGGCAGCGAAAAAACUAUCCAGCUGGAGCAUUAGUAAUAGUUCGGGAAACCGUGUCGUGUUAGAGAGCGAUGUGAAGAAAUUCCGUCGCAAUCAUGGCAAGAACAAUAACCAGUCUGGCGUACCCGCUACAGUCCAAGAGGAAAAAUAUGCGGCGGCGUCUGCCAAUAUUGUUCUUUCCAUGUAUGACGAAAACGGAAAUCUACGCUCACCACAACAGUCACCGCUUCCCAGUCCAAAGGUACCAGCUCGUCAAUCACGGCCUUCUUCACCGAAUUCUGCGAAUCAAAACCAGUCUUCAGGUGGUUUGUAUGCUGUGCAUCCGGGUUGGAAUCAAGCAGGCGGAGGUGGUAAAACCAAUUAUUUGGCUCCUCCGGGUGUUAGCGUGCGUUAUGAUGGAAAUGGGGAUGUUGGCGGCUAUCACAGUGACCAAAGCGAUACUUCUCACAAACCCAAUUCAAAAGUUCACGGGAAGAACAAAAAGAAGCAAAGUGACGAUGCUGUCGAUUUCGACUUGUUACAAGAUAUUCCUGCAUGGCUAAGAAGCCUUCGUUUGCACAAAUACACUCCCAUGUUUGAGGGAAUGAAGUGGCAGGAAAUUGUCGAAUUAGACGACACCCGCCUAGAGCAUAAAGGCGUUGCUGCGCUCGGUGCUCGCCGUAAGAUGUUGAAGGAAUUUGAGAAAGUGAAGAAUGCUAUAAAAGAGCAAGGCGCCACUACAUCGUAA